AUGUGUUUGUGCCUCCGUCCUGAUCAACUGCAUGAGAGCACCAAGUCACAUGAAAAGGAGCUGUUUCUGCGACUCUGUAAUCUGAAGGCAUCUGACCCUUUCCAUCAGAUAGCUGGGAUCCCCUUGACACCUGUCACGAAUGUGGACAUAGGCGCUGUUGUGCAAGAGUACAGACUCCGCACGUGA